UUUUGAAAUAAUAAUCUUUACUUUUCUAGCUAGGACUUCUCUCAAACUUGUGUGCUGAGGAGACUCAGAUGUUGGCCUCAGCUCCUAGGCUGAACUCAGCAGAUCGGCCCAUGAAAACUUCUGUAUUGAGACAAAGGAAGGGAUCUGUCAGAAAGCAACACUUGUUAUCUUGGGCUUGGCAGCAAGGAAGAGGACAGGUAGUGGAGAUCCUGCAAUCUGAAAAGCAGACUGAAAGGUGACAAAGAAGCUGAAGAUGGGUGGUGGAGAGAGGUAUAACAUUCCAGCCCCUCAAUCUAGAAAUGUUAGUAAGAACCAACAACAGCUUAACAGACAGAAGACCAAGGAACAGAAUUCCCAGAUGAAGAUUGUUCAUAAGAAAAAAGAAAGAGGACAUGGUUAUAACUCAUCAGCAGCUGCCUGGCAGGCCAUGCAAAAUGGGGGGAAGAACAAAAAUUUUCCAAAUAAUCAAAGUUGGAAUUCUAGCUUAUCAGGUCCCAGCUUACUUUUUAAAUCUCAAGCUAAUCAGAACUAUGCUGGUGCCAAAUUUAGUGAGCCGCCAUCACCAAGUGUUCUUCCCAAACCACCAAGCCACUGGGUCCCUGUUUCCUUUAAUCCUUCAGAUAAGGAAAUAAUGACAUUUCAACUUAAAACCUUACUUAAAGUACAGGUAUAAAAUAAGACAAAUGUUUAAAUUUAGUUAUGUUCACGGAUAGUUGUCAAUUGGUCUGAAACAAAUUUGCUAGGGAAUCUAUUUGUGUAGAACUAAUUAAUGUAAAAAAAAUAGACCAUCUCGUGUUGUGUGCACUGUGAUAUAAUGGUAGUAUCAGUGCAACUUAAACUAAUGAUUGUACUUGAUAUUAAGUGUUCUCAACUGAGUAACUUUUAAGUGGAAACCAAGUUUAGAUUUGGGGAGUGGUAAAAGGAAUCAGCUUUUUCUGUUGUUAGGGGAAGACAGUAAUUUAUCAUUCAUGGACCAGUAGAUUGUUGAAUGUUGGUGAAUCGGAUUAUAAGCUUCUAGCUAACACAAGGAUUCAGAAUUAGGUAAACAUCUGAAGGUUUAGUAUAUUAGAAACACCCAAACCAGUAAUAUGCUAACCAUGAUGCACUGCUGAAAGAAAAUGUGAAUUUUUCGUAAUAAUUGCAUUUUAGUGAAUUGUACAGUGGGUGGAAAGGGCAUUUGGAGCUCAUUAGAAUGAGACAUAGUACACCCCAAUGGCCCUGUUUGUUAAAUGUAGUGGAUUAAGUGUCUGUCAACAAAUACACCAAAACCAUUUUUUAUAGAAACAGUAUUUAAUGGUCACUCAAUAGCUUUCAAAAUACAUUUUUGUAUUACAGCACUGCACAAGCUAUUCUAAUAGUGAUCUGGCCUCAUCAUUCCUGCAAAGCUUGCUUUGGGGAGUUGGAUAAUGUGAAAAUUUUAAGUACCUAGGGGAGAAAGAGCCAUGUAAAUAUCUGUAAUAAACUUGUAGCAUAUGUAAAGUUUUCUUGGCCUUUAUCUUACAAAAAUGGAAUAUUUUAGUAUGAAUUUGCUGAAUGUAAGACCGUGGACUGUUUUUUAUAAUAUGGCCUGAUUUUAAAGGUCCAAAAUAACUUG